GUAUGCUCUUCCAGACACUGUGCAGGGAACUCAACAGGGGCCUGUGACACUGGAUGUGAGACGGGGUGGACACAGGGUGACUGUAUAGUGUCAGUCAUUUGCCCCUCUGGAAGAUAUGGACAAGGAUGUACAGAGUUCUGCAGUUCCCGCAACUGUAAUACGCCAUCUUCUGUGUGUGACGUCACUGGAUUAUGCCCAGAUGGAUGCCGGGAAGGCUGGCAGAAAUCUGACUGUAUUAUACGUGAGACUGGGAAUUGUUUUCAUACUAAUAUCAUGUCAGAGUGGGAAGUACGGUUCUAACUGCAGCAAGUCUUGUGAUUCACGUCAUUGUGAAACUGCACCAGUCUCCUGCGACCACGUGACAGGAGCCUGCGUUGCCGGUUGUCGGGAAGGAUGGAUUGGAGCAGACUGUACUCAGAGAUGCAAGCCUGGAACUUAUGGACCUGAUUGUACUCGUUGUGGAUAUUGUGACGUCACGUGCAAUGUUGGAGAUGGACGCUGUCCCGGAGAGUGUCUGGACGGCUUCACUGGUGACCGAUGUGAUGAGGAUGUUAGAGUGUCUCCUGUUACAAGCGGCGUCAUUGGAGGAGCGGUAGUACUUGUUGUAAUGCUGUUGCUGAUUGGUGGGCUGAUGAAAUCUGGAAGACUGAAAUGGAUAUCCUCACCUAGCACAGGUGUGAGAAAUACAGACACAGGUGGCACUGGUGGGAUUCCUGCUCAUGUGAACACGUCUGGAACGAAUGAACAAGACUACACCGAACUGAGUGAAGUCACCAGGGAGAGAGAGGAGAAGUCACAGUAUGAUGUCAUUCAGAACAAAGUGUAUGAAAACAACCAAAUCUGAGUUGAGAGCAGUGCAUCCUUUUCGUGCGUGCUGACAUACCUUUAAUGUUCACAAAGCUGAAUAUGAUCUGUCCAGAGAACAAAUCUGGAAUAGUGUAUAUGGUUAUACCAUGAAAGAUAUCCAGCCUGAAAUAUGAUAUUAAAAUCUUGUUAGUUUA